ACCUGAGCAGGAGUUGAGACUUGGAAAGUACCAGAAUGUUUUGUUGCUGUGACCAGGGCAAAAGAAGUCACCAGUGACAUUGACAGCUGGCUGGAAAAUUUCUUCUCCCUGUUCAACAUCUUCAACUGCCAUGAAGAGUGUGUUCCAUGCUCCAAACAUCCAAAUGUACGGAAUUUUUAGGCUCCACCGUUUGUCCGAAAUGAAGCAAUGGAUCUACAAACUCAUUGGUCUCUUCUUCAGUUAUCUGUCCUGGGCUUUUGGUGUGAGCCUUGUCAACAGCAGAUCCUGGCGCGUGUGGGAAUUCGACAGCCAGACUGUGCCUUUUGUGUUCAUUGGAUUUUGGGAAGCCUUCUAUUACGAAAAAGUUAACAUCGCUGGUUCAGUAACACAGGUGCCGAUGCAUAGCCCUAUCAAUGGCAGCUGGGUCAUUUCGACUGAGAUUGAAUAUGGGCGGGACCUGAUAUUGUUGCCUAGCUUUAUGAAGACGACUGUUCUGAUCUUCAGCACAGUGGCCAUUCUGGUCAGCUGGAUCAAGGCACCAUACCUAGAGUUCAUCCAAAUGUGUUACAAAGUAUCUGUCUUCUUCCUUUUCACCAGCUGUGUCUGUACCUUUACUGUAGUGAUCUGGAAUUUCACUGUGGAUUUUUAUGGACAAAGCACUCUUGACUUUCCCCUUAACUUUCCUGUUGACAAAGAAAUCCUGAUAAGGAAACACUUCAGCUUUGUGUUUCCAGUAGGAAUCUCAACAGCCACUCUAUCACUAAUAAGCACCAUCAUGUUUCUCUGUGGCGAUGGUGUUAAUGCUGUUGGUGAUAGUGAUGCUGUUAGUGAGGAUGAUGGUGACAAUUUCACUGUUGGUGUUGAUGAUGUUAGUGUUGCAUUCAGCAUGUCAACACGCCACACUUCGGGGUGUCAUGUUAUGAGCCCCAAUAUGUUCAUCUGCCGCCAUGAAAUGUUUGGUAGUGCCUACGCAUCAACGCAGAAGCCAUUCGCAUCCAACUACUCAGACUCUGCCUCAUCCUCCUACACCACGAUGUGCUUUUCUCCACCCGGAGAAGUGAUGAUUCCAGCAGCCUUUGUGGUUACGUACUGCUUGCCCUCUGAGAUGUGGCCGGUUACAGACACCUAA